AAAGACUUUUAACUGCACACUAGCGUUAGGCAAUAACUGUCAUAGUUCAUGACAAUAGAGGGAGUUUCACGGGUCACAAGAGUUGAGCUCAAAUACCUUCAUUCUGUCACUGGAUUCACACUGAGAUUGAACGGCUGAGAAACUACAGGAAUCAACCGAACACAGAAAUGAAUCCCGCGCGUACUGAGUCUGAUGAAGCCCUUGCUGUACAGAAUCUGAGGAUUGUGCUGAUCGGAAAAAGUGAUGCUGGAAAGAGUUCAAUAGGCAACGUAAUACUGGGCCGAGAUGCGUUUAAAGAGAGCAGAACCAGAGAGAGUGAGAUCCAGAGAGGAACAGUCGAAGACAGAAACAUCUCCAUCAUCGACACUCCAGGAUUCUUCAACACUCAACUGACUGAUGAAGAGAUGAAGAAGCAGAUGAUGAAGAGUCUGGAUCUCUCUGAUCCUGGUCCUCACGUCUUCCUGCUCGUCAUCAGAAUCGACAGAUUCACAGAAAACGUGGAUAAGAUCGUGAGAAAGAUUCACGAGCACUUCGGAAAAGAGGCGUUCAGGUUCACCAUGGUGUUGUUCACGGGAAGAGAGGCCAUGUCCAAACGGGAAUGGAUCGAGUUUAGACUUCACAGAAAAACCCGAGAACUUCUGAGCUUCUGUGAAGAGAAAUGUGACGUGAUCAUUCACAAAAACAAGAGAGAUAAGAAGCAGAUCGCCAGUCUGCUGGAGAACAUCGAUGAAGUGGUGAGGAAGAACCGACGAGAACAUUACGUUAAAGAGAUCUCAGCGAAGAACAGUGCCGACGAGACGAGGACAGAGAAGAGUCUGGAGGAGCAGACAACAGAGAACAGAGAAGAGGAUCAGCAGACAGAAAACAAACAACAAAGAGCAACAAAUGAGAGAGAAAGGGAAUGUUUGGAUGGAAAGCAAAGCGACGGAAAACAUGAAACAUGUCCGAUCAGCGAGGAGAAGAAAGACACACCAGAAAAUCAUUCAAUAGCGUCCGAUCUGAGGAUCGUUCUUCUGGGUCGAUGUGGAUCAGGGAAGAGUUCGACAGCAAACACCAUCGUUGGCAGAGAUGCCUUCAAAACGAAUAAGAGUUUCCCAUCAAGCCCUCAAACCUGUGAGAAACAAGAAGCCGGUGUGUGUGGAAGAAACAUCUCAGUGAUCGACACUCCAGGACUGUUGGAUCUGUCGAAGGCUGAGAUUGAGACGUGUGUGGAGAUGUCUGCUCCCGGUCCUCAUGUGUUUCUGCUGGUCAUCAGACUGGACGACAGAUUCAAAGAUGAAGAGAAAAACACAGUCAAAUGGAUUCAGGAGAACUUUGGAGAAGAAGCUGUCCACCACACCAUCGUUCUGUUCACUCACGCUGAUCAUCUGAAGGGUGGAUCAUUAGACGAGUAUAUCAGAGACACACCAGAUCUACAAGCAUUUACUGAGAGUUUUGCUGGGAGAUUUCACUCAUUUGACAAUGAAGACAUGAAGAACCGCUCUCAGGUCACUGAACUGCUGGAGAAGAUUGAGAAGAUGCUGGAGAGAAAUGGAGGGAAGCACUACACCAGUGAGAUGCUUGGAAAGACUGACACAGAGAAAGUCAAAGAAGGCUCUUCCAUUUGGUUGAAAGGAGUGUUUGUUUUCUUCAUGGCGGCGAUAGCGGCCGCAGCGGUUGCUCAGAGCGGCUUUGAAGGAUAAUGAACAUCUGGAGCAAAAGCACGGCAGUAUGAGCAAAGCUGGAAUAUCCCAUUUUUAUUGUCUUCAAUAUUACCUACCCUAUCUCACGAUUAAUUCGUAUGAAUUCGUAUGAAUGAUUAAAAAGUGACUAAUUCAUACGACCUCAACCGUACGAAUUCGUACGAUUUGUCUAAACCCACGUGAUGGUUGGGUUUAGGGGCGGGAUCAGGGGUAAGUCAUUCGUAAGAAUUCAUACGAAUUGGCCAAUUCGUAAAAUAUGUACGAUUUUGCACAAAUCGUACUAAUUCGUACGAGUGAGGGCGUAUGAACUGUUACGAAUUAGCCACCUUGUAAAAUUCGUACGAAUUCCCGUGUAGUGAAAGACUAUGUGAACUGUACUUUUUAUAAUGUUUCGUUAGGCUGGACCUAAAGAUUGUAUUACUCAUUAAACAUUAAACUAUGUGAUCUCAAACUAAAAUGUAUGUCAAAUAUAGAAAAUAUAAAUA